AAUCGAUUGACUAUUUUCUUAAGUGUACAUAAUUUAUUGAAAUCCACUGAAAUAUGUGUUAUGCCGGCUGUGCUUGUUUAAUUAAUAUGAAAAUCAAUAGCUAGAAUAUACUGGCUGACGUGUUGUGUAAUAUCAAGUGUAAUUGGUCUAAUAUUGAUAAUUAUAUAUAUUAUAAUACCAUUUGUAUUUCGGUACUCUCCAUCUUUUCAAAGAGAAAUGAUUCUUGCAAAUGAUGUUUGGAUGUUGUGUAUGCUGCUUUAUUAGUGUGAUAUAUUUUUAUUGUGUCUAUCACCCCAAAUUGUAAUGGGUAAAAUAAAAGUCUAUAAAAUUAUUUUGAUGUUGCAAGGAAAAAUUUUUUUGUGGAAUCCAUACCCAAUUUGUGUACUGGACAAUCAUUGUUGGUGGAGUGAUAUUAAAUACAAAUAUUGAUAGCAAAUAAUUAACUGUUACACCUAAAGAAAAGCUAAGUCAUCCACACCAGAUUGGACUUAAAGGAACUAAAAAUUUCUAUUUUACAACCAUGGACAAUGUAACAUUAGGAGUUUGGCAUGUUUUACCAAAUAAUUUAUUGAAAAAUUACGAGGAUGAUUUUGAAAAUUAUGAACUACUGUUAGGUCAUGGAGAAUCAAUUGUUAUAUAUAUGCAUGGGAAUGCAGAUAAUCGAGCAAAUUUUUAUCGUGGUCAAUUGUAUAGUGUUUUACAGAAUAUUAAUUGUCAUGUGAUUGCUUUAGAUUACAGAAGCUAUGCAGAUUCCAGCGAUAUUACACCAAAUGAACUUGGCUUAGUCAUGGAUGUUGUUCAUCUAUACAAAUGGGUUUACAACCGAGCAAAUAAAUCCUCAAUUUUUGGUUAUGGUCAUUCAUUAGGCACAGCAAUAGGUGCACAUGCUUUUGCUUUAUUAGAAAAAGAUAAUCUUAUUUCAGGAGGACUUAUAUUAGAUGCACCAUUUUCCAAAUUAAGUGAAGCAAUUGAAGAAUUUCCACUUGCUAAAUUAUAUAACUUUUUACCUUGGUUUGGAUAUUUUUUUGUUUAUCCAAUUGCAGAAAAUGGUUUUGUUUUCAAUACCGAAGAAAACUUAAAAUAUACUAAAAUGCCUAUAUUAAUUUUACAUGCUCAUGAUGACAUAAUAGUCCCUUACAAGCUUGGAAAAAAAUUGUUUGAUCACCUUUCAAAAUAUAGAGUGAAUUCUACCACAGAAUUAAUUUCAUAUGAUUCUAAAUUGAAAUAUUCUCAUUUUUUUAUUUACAAAGACAAAGAUUUAGGAAAUAAAAUUAAAAAAUUUAUGGAUAAAUCAAUAAAAAAUAAUCCUUAAAUUGUUUUACAAUUGUUGAUCUUUGUAACGUUUUUAAUUUAUUUAAUAAACAAAUUUUAAUCUAAUAAU